AUGGCGUCUUCAUCCUCUUCCCCUCACUCCUCCUCCUCCAAGUCCUCUCAGCCCCUCCACAAUUUCGAGCUCCCCCCGCUUCUCAAAUGGCACCGCAAGAACGGCAAAUCCGCCACGACACCGAAACGCAACCGCAGUACCAUGAAAACCACCGCCGCCGCCCCCGCCGUUCCGCCGCCACCUCAGCCCGAGCCUCCGCUGCUCCAUUUGGUGGCGGCGGCGGCUCUCUUUGAGGCUGAUCUCAUGCCCCCACCCCCGCCCCGUGAGCCCGUUGGCGGCAAGGCGAAAGAGGCGGCGGCGCUGGACGAUGAGUUUGAGCGGCUGUCGCUGCUCCGGGAGGAGUCUCGGAGGAACAACCGUGGCCGUGAGGCGGAUCAACCACCUGUGAUCUCUUAUAGUAGAAAUCAUCAGAAGAAAUCCUCAUCUUCUUCCUCGUCCGCGAAGAACCGCCACUCGUUCAAUAAAACAUUGUCAAUCUCUCAUGCUCCGGCGCCCCGGUUAAGCCCGCCUAAAUUUCCGGCUCCUCCGGGGCCUAAGGUUCUGGUAAACUACGUCGAUCCAGGACACAGGAGAAGAUCGACAAAUGCAUCUGCUAUUGAAGCCGAAUCAUACAGUUGGAGCUCCUAUUAUAAAGGGAAGGGAUCUGAUGCAAAAUCGGAAAAAUCCGCUUCUUCUUCUGCUUGGAAGAAGCAUGAUUGGUUCAACAAAUCAUCUCCUGCUGAGGAUGCAGAUGCAUUUUCGAAAAUCCCCUUCUACAAGAAAUUCGAAUUUGUUUCCAAAUCCAAGCCGGAUUAUUCACUCUCCAAUUCCGAGUUUAAGCUCAAAUUCGAGGUACCUGAAGAAGACCACUCCAGCAAAAUUGAGAAACUCUCCAUGGUAGCUGCCGAAGCUGCAGAAGCUGCUGCACCACACCACAACCUCUACUAUUUGAAGAAAUCUGCGAAGGCGAAUUCAAAAGAUAAGAUGAAAUCGAAGGUGGUGGAAGAUUCUCAUUUACCCCCUAAGAAGAAACCCUCAUUUGCAAUUGCUUCUCCAAUCAACCCUAAAAUCCCUUUGCUGAAGCCCAAGCUCGAAAAACCUGAUGCUCCGGAGAAGAAAUCCAAGUCGUCAAGGAAAAAGCGGAAAACCCUAAGAAGGAUACCAAUCUGA